GGGUACCAUCACCUCUCCCACAUUCAUCCUCUAAAUUCGACGGGAUGCCUCAUAAUCCUCACCCAGUCCACGAGGAGACUGAGAGAGAAAGGAAGGCCCGGCUGAAGAGAGCAAUGAGCCUCGACUCACAGAGACGAAAACGGAAGUGUUGCAAAUUCUGGAAAUCCUUUAAGGACUUGUUCAAUGACGAUGAUGACGAUGAAGUAAAUACAUCAGAGUAUUCUGGUCCCCCUACUCCUCCAUUGGUUCCCCCACAUCGAUGGAAAGCUUACGGCUACUGGGCACGCCCCACCCUCAAUGGUGUCCAAGUACAUAAUGCAACACCACGGGUAACACCGCCCAUCAGCCUCGACCCAGAUUACGUCUGGGACUCUCUACGCGGGCCUCAUCAGUCGCCCCACCCAGAAAACUGGCCAGCCCGCGUCAAACACCCUGCUCUUCCUCCCAGACCUCAAGAAUGGUCGAGCCCCCAACCCGGCCAACCUCUCCCAUUCCCCUGGGAAGUCCAACUCAACCCCUUUCUCCAGCACAGAUACAUAGGCAAGACCCUGAUCACCUUCGAUAUAGGCCGCGAACCGUCUGGGAUCAUAUAUACCGAGGCUGAGCCAGCCACGAUCCCCAUGGAUGACUCCGAUCGCGCGCAACCCGCCUCCUGGCCCUUCCUCACACACAUGCACAUUAUCGGCGUGGCUGACGAUCCCGCGCCCAAGUUUCCCUGGCCUAUUAUGGUGUACAACGCACGCGGCAUCACGUGCGGCGACGUGUUUAGCGCGAUCUCGACUAACUUUCAGCAGCAUGUGACUGCUGCUGAGUAUGAUAGUUGGUCAGGGAGGCGUCGGGAGAUGGCUGCGAGAGCCUAUCAUACGAGGGUACGCACGUCUAAUACGUUCAAUCCCCAUGAUAUACCUGGGGAUGACGAUGGACUGCGUCGGAUUGAUUAUAUGGGGGAUAAGAUCAUGUUUCGGGGACUUGAGGCAUCCCCUCGAAAGGACGGCACCUGGCUGAUGUUUGUGGGUCCCCCUUAGUUGUGAACUGGAGUGUCUAUCGUGGAUGUCUGUGUGUGACUAUAUGGAUUGGACUCUUUCUUUUUCUUUUAAUCUCUUGUCAUGCGGGCUAUUGUCUUGGUUGUUCGACGACCUUUUUUUUUUUGCUUGUAUUCUUGCUUUGGGUUACUGCGCAUGUUUUCUUUGUUAUGUUUCUUGUUUGUGCCCUGCAAUGCUGAUUCCGCGUGCCCCAUGU